CAAUAUUACUUUAUAAGUACUGUAUAGUAUUCACAUGAGGUUUCCCUAUAUGCAAAUGUAUUAUAAUAAAACAAUCCCUGAGUAAUCAUUUUCAAAUCUUGAAAUCCGUCAUUUUAUGUGGUUAAAUAACAACAUGCUUAUUAAUUCUCUAUGUAAAUUGAAAUUUUUUAAUGGCAUUGUUAUAAGGUGUCAAUAGACAAUAGAUCAGGAUAAUUAGUCUUCAAAAUAAAACAACAAAGAACACUAGUUGGUCUGUGCUGAAGUAGAAACUUUGGUUUGUUUUUUGGUUGUUUGUGAAAUUGUUUAAAUACAUGUGGCUCAUUGGCUUAGCUCAGUACAGAUGACUAAAAUAAAUGGUGUUAAAGUUUCUGAGAAUUAGCUUCAUGUUAUCUGUGGUUCAAGGAAAGGGAAAUAACAUUUGAUGUUUACAACAACAACCGCUGAGUGUACAGCAGCUAUAAUUUUCUCAGCGCAGACAUGUCAAAUGUAAACAUCUGCAGGUAUAAACUGCUUCUGCUAUUACUUUAAUUGAUGCCAUAUAGAUUAGCUUGUGGUCUAUCAAUGAAAAAACACCUCCCUCUUGUGGAGAAACUGCAGCCCCCUCAAAGUGAUAUAGUAUGUAAAUUACAAGGCUUCACGUUUAAAAAACAUGAAUUAUGUAACUGUGCCCAACCGUCACAAAUCAGUACCUGAUGUUUUUUAUAGGAGUUAUAGUUCUGCCUGACAAACUACUAGCCAGUGCGUAUUGUGUAUUGUGAUCAAUACCUGGGAUGUUGAAUUAUUUCAUUUUCUCUGGUGUGCAAACAUUACCAAAUGCUCGUAUGUUUCUGAGAAUUUGAGGGUUUUAUGGAGUUUACAUUCUACAAAUACACACAAAUGACAUAUGCUGGUGUUUAAAGGCACGAUUAUCAUACGUAUCUAGCAGUAUGCAGCUGAAUCAUGCUUCUCAGAUGGGAGACAGACAAUUUGGAAGAGAUACUGAGUCUUUAACUCAACUUGGAAGUUUGACCAAAACUAAAUUGAUUUAAACACACAAUUGUAAUCGCUGCUCUACUGUCAGUCGCUUCAGUACGUUAAAUAUACUUCAAAUAUAAUCAAUAAAAUGUAAACAAAAAAUUACUUGUAUAAGGAUCAUUGUGGGAAAUCCGACUCUUGGUAUUUCUAAAGUCUUAAUUACAACCCUGUCCAUUUGAUUAUAGCAGCUACCUCUUCUCUUUUAAGGACAUACCAGUAGGCUAUAGGAUUUAAAUAACGUUAUGGAUACAGCAGGACUGCAAUGUCUGUGGCAUUUACAAGUGUGUGUCUCGUGAAUUGUGAAGGUGAACCUUUAAUCUUCUGUAGAACUCAUUGUUAUCCUUUGCUGUGCUUUUCCUCACACUCGACCACAUUAUUCCUUUGAGAUUUGUGUUAUCUGAUUGUUUAACGUGGAAACCAGUUAGUCUCCGUGCCUAGAAAGACAUCUCGGCUGCAUUAUCUCCAGUGCUGUUGGCCGUAUCUGUGGAUGUCCGAGUCCCUUGACAUAUAUGGAGAAACCCGUCACCCUGCCGCCUGACAAUACCGUCCCAAAAUAAUCUGAGAGCGCACAGCUGAGCCCCGCUCGGCGCUGCACGCUGCGAAAGGAAACACUGCCGUGAAAUCUCUCCUCGUCAGUAAUGACGAAAUUCAUCUACUCUGAAUACUUAUCUCAGUUCCGCAAUGCUGGAGGUAAAUGUAACAAUGUUAUGUCGCGACUGCGAGGAGAUGCGAGGAGAGGAGACGGUCAGGGUGACGCAGCGUCAGAGCCGGAGGACGUUGAGCCAGUGGUCUUUGCCAUCAGGAGAGGGGAUGUGAAGGCUGUCAAUGAUCUGGCAACAUCCGCUCCUCUCAGCCUGCUGAAGGAGAACAAAGAUGGCUGGAUUCCUCUCCAUGAUGCUGCCAUCUGUGGACAGACAGAGUGCUUGAAGAUCAUACUGAGGGCCCAUCCAGGAUCGGUAGACAAACGUACCUUGCAGGAGCAGACGGCCCUGCUGCUGGCUGUGUCUUGUGAACACUUGUCAUGUGUGCAGUUCCUUCUGGAGACAAGUGCCGACCCCGACAUCAGCAGCAAGAACAAAGAAACCCCUUUGUACAAAGCUUGUGAGUUGGACAAUAUGGACAUGGUGAGCCUCAUUCUGUCCCAUGGGGCCACUGUGAACCAGCGGUGUGGUCAGGGGUGGACAGCCCUCCACGAGGCUGUGUCCAAGAACAACACUGAGAUCUGUGAGAUACUAAUAAGAGCCGGGGCUGCAAUCAACCCACCGAAUACUUACAGCAUCACACCACUCAUAGUGGCCGCCCAGCGAGGACAGAUGAGGGCGCUCUGCUACCUUAUUGAAAAAGGUGCAGAUGUGAACAUGCAGACAUGUGAUGGGGUCACAGCUCUGCAUGAGGCUAGUAAAAAUGGCCACAAGGAAAGUGUCGCAGUGCUGUUGACUAAAAACGCAGAUGCCAACAAACCCACCAACUCCGGAUUGCUGCCGCUCCAUAUUGCUGCCCAAUUUGGACACCACGAGAUCGUGUCCCUGCUGGUCUCAGUGACCAGUCGAGCCAGGCUCCGCCACAGUUGUGUCAGCCCCCUCCACCUGGCAGCAGAGCACAACAGACACACUGUGGCAGCUGUGCUACUCAAGACAGGUGCGGAUGUAAACACCACACUGGCCGACAGUCACUCCAAACAGUAUGCAGAUCGACGAGCAACGGCUCUCUACUUUGCAAUUGCCAACGGCAGCACCAAGGCAGCAGAGGUGUUGCUGAACGCUGGCGCUGAUCUUAGUCUGGACCCAGUCAGUCCUCUGCUGAUGGCGGUACGGCAGGGCUGUGUCAGCACUGUGUCCUUACUGCUGGAGAGAGAGGCCAACGUCCACGCCAGAAUACCCUCUUACGCCACUACGUUCCCCUCUGUUGUUGCCCUUUGCAUGAAUAAUUUGCUUCUCCUCAAGUGUCUUUUGGACAAUGGAUGUGAUGCCCUCUCCUGUUUUACCUGUACAUACGGCUGUGCCCCUCACCCAACAUCAGGGGGUUCCCACAUAAGAACAGUUGGCAGCAAUGGAAUUGUUUUGCAGACUGGUAAUAUGCUUCCUUUAAACUGCAGUGAGCCAUCAGAAAGAGCAACACAGUUCUGCGAGUGGAUCUCAACAUCCGUGAUGUGUAAAUGGGCAGGACCGAUCAUAGACUUGCUGCUGGAGCAUGUUGGUCAUGUUCAGCUUUGCAGCAAGCUCACUGAACUGCUGGACAGCCGAGAAGAAUGGCUCGCUGUUAAGAGGAAGUCAUCGUCACCUCGUCCACUGCUGCACCUUUGCAGAUUUAGGAUUCGGACCCAAAUAGGGAGACACAGACUGAAAUCUCUCACAAGCCUACCUCUGCCAGACAGACUGAUCAGAUACCUGAGCCUGGCUGACUGACUGACUUUAAUCUGAACUUCAAGCAAUAUAGGCAUCAUAGAUGUGACUAAAUUUAUCCAUUUGUGUUUCUUUUUUGAGCUGCAUCGAAUGUCUUUUAUCUGUAGAUGCAAUUAUGUGUAAAAUAUCUAUUUAUAACAAAUGUAAAACGUUACAAUAAAUUUCUUUAAUCUGUCA